CACGACGGUGGUGGCUCUGGUGGCCCUAUAAACCCACAACAAAAAGAAAUAGACUAGGAAGAAAAGCAGAAUUCCUGACCCUUAGAAAACACACAACAACGGCGAGGGAUACGAUGGGGGGUGGCAAAAAAGGAGGCGCUAAAGGAGGAGGAGGAGGUAAAAAGGACAAAGAUGAAGCAAGUGGUGGCAGUGGCACCAAAGAAAAAAAGGGAGGCUCGUCUGUCAAGGUUCGUCACAUUCUCUGUGAAAAACAAAGUAAGGUUUUAGAAGCCCUUGAGAAAAUCAAAUCUGGAAUGAAAUUUAAUGAAGUUGCUGCUCAAUAUUCAGAAGACAAGGCUCGAAGUGGGGGUGACCUUGGUUGGAUGACUAGAGGCUCAAUGGUUGGCCCAUUUCAGGAUGCUGCCUUUGCUCUGCCAGUAUCAUCUCUUGCAAAUCCUGUUUAUACUGAUCCACCAGUGAAAACUAAGUUUGGAUAUCAUAUCAUUAUGGUUGAAGGAAAGAAAUAAUUUUUGUUUGGGAAAUCGAGAAAUUCAGAGAUAUUAAAUGUCCGUUACAGCACCCCAGUUUUGUGGUUUAUGAGGGAAAUGCUUUGUGCAGCCUAGCCAAAUGUACUUCUUCUGGAGGGUUAAAUACUUUAAAAUGUAAUUGCAGAUAUAUAGUACAAUAUGUCUGAAAUACAAAAUAUGUUAUAA